AUGUCAUUGCCGACUCCUCAAUAUCGCCUGAAUGCGAUCCGAGCGCACGACGUCUACGAGCCCGCCGAAGACACGUUUUUGCUCAUCGACGCCAUCGAGAAGGAUAUCAAGGUACGAAAAAUGUCAAGUUUCAACGCGAAAAAAGACAACGAUUUGCAGGAAAUCCGUUCGCGAAACCCGAAGCUCGUUCUGGAAAUCGGGUGCGGGUCGGGCGUCGUCUCGACAUUCGUAAACCAGGCGCUCGGCGGAAACGUGACGUCAGUGGCGACGGAUUUGAACCCGCACGCACUGGACGUGACACUGGAGACCGCCAAACUCAACGACAUCAAGAUCGACGUCGUGCGCACCGAUUUGUACGCCGGACUCGAAAAUCUCAACGGAAAGGUUGGAUAGACACGGCGAUCAAAGCCUGAAAAAUAUUUUGGCCCAUGUUUCAUGUGUUUCGUCGAAAUGACCAAACUUUUGCACAUUUUCAGCUCAAAACUAGCGAAUUUCAUUGAGAAAUGAAAAAGUUCGACUGAUUUUCAAGUUUUGCGUUGAAAAUCCGCGAAUUUUGCUGUUUGCCACGUUCGCCCUCGGGGCGAAUGAUUUCAAUGGAGCGCACUUGCAACAGGCGGCCUGUGUCGAUUUACUAUAAAUGCGAAAAACAUGAAAGACUCUAAAUUCUACAACACAAAAUGAUACGUUUCUUGCGAAAGUUUGUGCUCAAAACUGUUAUGGGGCUAUUCAGACUGUGAAAAAAUGAUUGUUUUCCGUUUUUUUCGUUUUUUUACGUCAAAAAAUCCAAUUCAGCGGUGUAAAAAAACGAAAAAAACGGAAAACAAACAUACGCUGAAUAGCCCCAUUAAAGCACACAUUCUAUGAAACCGCUCAAAGUGGUAAAACGAAGCGAGUGAGAAAAUAACCCCUAAAACUGUGCGAAUUUCAGGUGGACGUGCUUCUAUUCAACCCACCGUACGUGCCGACAGAAGAGGAGCCGAAGACGAACGCGGAGCUGACGUACGCGGGCGGGCGCACCGGCCGAUCCACGCUGGACCGUCUGCUGCCUCGAAUUCCGGAUCUCCUCUCGCCGCGCGGAGUGUUCUACCUCGUCGCGUUGCACUCGAAUGACAUUCCGUCGCUGCUGAAGCACUCGGACCGCCUGCGCGCCACAGUUUCCAUGGAACGACGAUGCGGAAUCGAACAUUUGUACAUUUUGAAAUUUGUUAAAAGCUCCGAAGACGAUGAAUCGCCGACGUCUUCCGAAUUGUCAUAG